CCCCCCCCCCUUCCCUCAAACCCUAACCCUACCUAAUCUCUCCGUCGCAGCGGACCCCAACCUCAUCCUCUCUCGCUCUCGCCCAUCCCUUGACCCCUCUCAUCCCCCGGGCCACCCAAUGGGUAACACCUUGCGUGGGCCCCACCUCCCGAGCCGCUUCUUCGACUCCGUCUCCAACGCCGUCUGGCGCUCCCGCGACCCAAACCCUAGCCCUAACCCCGGCCUCCACGCCCGACGCCUCCGCCUCCGCCUCCGAUCAAGUCUCCGACAAACCCCCGAGCCAUCAAAAUCCCCGACGCGUCCCCUGACCCCCAACGCUUCAACCCAAACCCUAGCCGAGCCCGAGCGCCACCGCCGCCGGAGGCCAAGCAGAACCCGCCGCUGCGCGUCUCACCCCAAGACGCGCCAGCUAAAGGACGUCUACAGCCUCGGCCGCAAGCUCGGCCAAGGACAGUUCGGCACGACCUACCUCUGCAUCGAGAAAUCCACCGGCCGGGAACUCGCAUGCAAGUCAAUCGCCAAGCGAAAGCUCAUAACCCCUGAGGACGUCGAGGAUGUCCGCCGUGAGAUCCAGAUAAUGCAUCAUCUUGCUGGGCAUCCUAAUGUUAUUGAGAUUAUUGGGGCUUACGAGGAUGCUGUGGCUGUGCAUCUGGUGAUGGAGCUUUGUGCGGGCGGGGAGCUUUUUGAUAGGAUUAUACAGAGAGGGCAUUAUUCGGAGAAGGCGGCAGCUGGGUUGGCGAGGGUUAUUGUUGGGGUUGUGGAGGCUUGCCAUUCGUUGGGGGUGAUGCAUAGGGAUCUUAAGCCGGAGAAUUUCUUGUUUGUGAAUCAGAGCGAGGAGUCUAAGCUUAAGACUAUUGAUUUCGGGUUGUCCAUUUUCUUCAAGCCAGGAGAGAUAUUUACUGAUGUUGUUGGGAGUCCGUACUAUGUUGCACCAGAAGUACUGAAGAAACGUUAUGGUCUUGAGGCAGAUGUUUGGAGUGCUGGAGUAAUCAUUUAUAUUUUGUUGAGUGGGGUUCCUCCAUUUUGGGAUGAAAAUGAGCAAGGGAUAUUUGAACAAGUUUUAAGAGGUGACCUGGACUUCUCAUCCGAUCCAUGGCCUAGCAUCUCACAGAGUGCUAAAGAUUUGGUGAAGAAAAUGCUUGUGAGGGACCCCAAAAAGCGUCUCACUGCUCAUGAAGUGCUAUGCCACCCUUGGAUUCAGGUUGAUGGAGUAGCUCCUGAUAAGCCUCUAGAUUCUGCUGUUCUCACUCGCUUAAAGCAAUUUUCUGCAAUGAACAAGCUCAAAAAGUUGGCACUGAGGGUUAUUGCUGAGAGCUUGUCAGAAGACGAAAUUGCUGGCCUCAAGGAAAUGUUCAAGAUGAUGGAUACAGACAAUAGCGGUCAGAUCACAUAUGAAGAACUUAAGGCUGGUUUAGAAAGAGCUGGUGCAAAUCUGAAGGAGUCUGAAAUAUCAGCUCUAAUGGAAGCGGCAGAUAUUGAUAACAGUGGUACUAUCGAUUAUGGGGAAUUUAUAGCUGCAACCAUGCAUCUAAACAAGGUUGAGAGAGAGGAUAAUCUUUUUGCAGCAUUCUCAUUUUUCGACAAAGAUGGCAGUGGCUACAUCACUCUAGAUGAGCUUCAAAAGGCUUGCGAGGAGUUUGGAAUAGAAGACAACCGUCUUGAAGAGACUAUUCGAGAAAUAGAUCAGGACAAUGAUGGACGAAUCGACUACAAUGAAUUUGUGGCGAUGAUGCAUAAAGGCAAUGCUGGUCUAGGCAAGAAGGGGCACCAUAAUAACUUCAGUUUUGGUCUUAGGGAGGCACUCAAGAUUCGUUGAGUUACUAAGGUUUUAUACUCAUUGUUGAUGAAAGUGGUGCGCUUGGCGGGCACAGAUCUGAGUUAGAUUGAUGUACAACUCGCUAAUGUAUUUGGAGAAAUCGACAGCUAACAGAUUGCCAAAUCUCUUUAGGGAUGCAUUCUACAUGUUUAUGGGACACAUAUGUGGUGAAUCUUGGUUGCCUGAAACUGCCUGAAAUCAGGGAGACCAGGGCCAACAAAUCGCCAUCAUAUACUCCUGUUUUUGAAAUGCAAAAGUAUUUUCCCCCCUUUGGAUUCACUCACAGAAGUCCCGAUUACAUGGAGCUUGAUUUCUCCAUCCUUUCUUACAUUCCAAACCUUCUAAACGAUCCCAUUUUUGCUCGAAAUAUUUUAGCAGUAAGCCAUGAGCUGAGAGAGCAUUUCUUUUAGCACCCUCCCCUAUAUAUAUAUUACCUAACGCAAUUGUUCAGCUUUUUGUACCAUUUAUCAUGUAAAAUUUUCAUGGGGGUGUAUGUAAAGGGUGAGAGAAUGGUAUGCGGAUUAUUAUUUUGUGCUCUAAUGGGAUGAAGAGACUAUUUCAAGUCAUGUUUGAUGUUUCUAUGUUAAGUUUUGGAGACAUGAAUUGUAUUGAAGUUCUGUGUUGCUUUCAGGAGUAGAGGUUGUGUCUUGUUCUCAUGUGAACUGUGAAAAUCCUGUCAAGCUGUAAUGUUGUAAAAUUAUCAUGUAUUUGUAAAAGAUUAAGCAACAACUAAUGAACAAAAUGGAGUAUUUGAAGCUA